AUGAGAAGAGCCGGAGCGGUGGGGUCCGUAUGACGAGAGAAACCAAGAGGGGGAUCAUAAAGCUGUACAAACGACAGACGGAUUCCGUAGUGUGCGGCGGAUUCACGCAAGUGCGGCUUCGAGGAGAGGUUCACGCGUGACGUCUCGUCGACGGAGAUCAUCGAGGUUCACACCUACGUCAAAUUUUGUGCCGCUGACUCGUGUUUAUCUUCAGAUCCGUCUCCUCCCUUCAGGGAAGUCGCGACGUAUCCGUAACACACCCUUCGAGGGUACGAAGAGGAGAUCGACCAUACGAAGAAGAAAUAGCGAAAGAUCAACAAAACAUGGCGGAAAAGAGAGUAUUCACGCGGAGCGAGAUAAAAAAAAACGACGAUAAGGAUAAAGUUCUUAUCAUCUUGCACGACAAAGUAUACAACGUCCACACCUUUCUCAAUGAGCAUCCAGGUGGCGAAGAGAUUCUGUUGGAUCACAAAGGCAAGGACGGUUCCGAGGACUUCGACGAUGUCGGGCAUUCGAAAGACGCGAUGGAGCUGAUGAAGAAGUAUCAGGUCGGCACGAUCGACGAUUCGGAAAGGGUGAACAAACCGCCGAGGAAGGGCUGGGUGGCGGGAUACAACACGAACGAGCAAAAGAACGUUCGAGGACCCGGCAUGCCUUUUUACCUACUCAUGAGUGGAAUAGUGCUCGCAGCGAGCUUCUUGUUUUUCGCGUUAAAAAAAGUAUUAAUCGAUCCGCUGGAUGACAGCCAGAACGCUGUGGAUGCGUAAUAAUGUGACGUGUGAUAUAGAACGGUGUUAGAACAUAAGAAUAAUGUCGUAUUAGUUUCUAAUGCCUCUAUGGUAUCCAAAGCGUAGCCCGGUAAUUAACUUCUUCAAAAAAAGAAAAGUUUUACUUUGUAUAUAUAUAUUUCUGUUAAACUUUGUUACAUAAAUAGUUAAUGUCCGGCUGAAGUUAAUGUCGUCAAUGUCUAAGCAUUAUUAAUUCCAUUGGAAUAUGCAAUACUUUUUUAUACGGGGAAUAAAUGUAAAAUUAGAAUUAAUUGCUAAGACUGUAUGAAGAAAUGUCAGUUUUUAAAUCAGCUAUUUUUAAUGAAAUUAUAUAGAGCAUAUUUCCAAUAGAUUAACUUUAAUCGUUAACAUUUUGACUGCCACGUCACCCAUAUCUGGAUGACGCGUAAAUUUCUGUAAAAUCAUCUCUUUGUGACAGGUUUUAUUUAUCUAUGAUUAAGAAUAAUAAACGAUAUAAAUUAUAUUAAGAUAUUAUAAAAAAUAAAAUAUUAAAACAAUAUACUCGAUUUAUUAAGCUCGAAAUCGACUUGGCAGUCAAAUUGGCAAUCAAGCAAUAUUACAUAAAUCACCAAGCAAAACAAGUUUAUUAUAUCCGACGUCUUAUCUUAUCUAUGAUGUUAUUCUCUCAUAAGUUGCAAAUUGCUUUAAUCCAAAGCAGCCUGGUGUACGCGAAUCAGACAAAAAGAAUAUACCCCUACGAUAUUUUGAAAAAUUCUUAAGAAUCAAAUAUAUUAAUGUGCAUAUAUUUUAUUUUAUCUUAAAUUUAUCAUAAAACCAUUACCAAUAAUUUCAAAAUUGUUUGAGAAAUCAUUAAUUACUUCAAUUAACAAUAUUAAUUUUUAUUCAAACAUCAUAUAAUGUAAAAUUUAAAAAAUUACUAAAUAAACAGCCAAAACAGAUUACAGCUGCAGUGCAUUCAAAACUAAGAAAAUAUUUAAAUGUUAGAUUACUCUUAUCAAUUCAACGAAUUGUUUUCGAUAACAAUAUCUAUAAUUAACUAUAUCUAUAUAUAUUUUAUGAAUUCAUUAUAUUUCUUCAUUAUA